AUGGAAGACUGGUUUCGGGAUGAAAACAUCCCUGGUGACCAACAGGUGUCGUACGCUAUUGGGACGGGGCUGGCAGACGUCCCGGAACUACAGGAUGUGAUGGAGAAGCGUGUGGCUGCAGUUCAGCAGGUAGCGAGCGCUGGGGAUGGGAUGAGUUUCGGUGGCGCUACCUGGGAAUGGUUCAAAGACGAGACUACGCGUAUCUCUGGUGGGAAUCCGACUGAAACCUCCAAAGCUCUUCGGGAGCACAAGUCCUACUCCACGGGAUACGCCGAAUCUAUUUCUGACAUUCGUAUGCCCUACGACCAUGACGUUGAGCACCAGUCAAGAACGCCAGUGGACGCUCAAUUCGUCCUUUCCGACAUCACCAAUCCUUCAUACGACACUCAAUGCCUCAACAAACGCCCUACGGACGAUCUUGCCAUCUGGCCCACACUCGGUGACCUCCGUCGCGCCCUGGAGGCUGUCAUCGAGAAAGUAACGGCUCUACUCACGGAGAUGCUCAAGUCAGUCACAGACUUUGUCUACUGCCUGAUGGCCACUCUCCCGAGCGAAGUCCACAAUGCCAUUGUCCAAUGGAACUCGUUCAGGGUGGAACAUCCGUACAUCGCUGCGGGGGCCAUCGUGGCCGUCAUCGGAGCCAGCAUUUUCGUGGGCAACUUUAUACUCGGCCAAGCCGCGCUGGGACUACUACGGAUGCUUGGAUUCUCCGAAUUAGGCCCUGUCGCAGGAUCAUGGGCCGCGCUCAUCCAAUCCACCUUAUAUGGGGCCUACACCCGCGGCCUCUUCUCCAUCGUCCAGUCUAUCACCAUGACCGCCAAAUCCGCGUGGCCCGCCGUCGCUUUCCUCAAUCUCUCCGAGCUUGCGGCUGGUACCGCCAUCUUCUCUCGUAGCGCUCUCGUAGCGCCAUAG